AUGUCGAAAAAGAUACAUACUAUGAAAUGGGAUUCAGUACCCAUGGAUGGAUUUCCAGCGUCAAUGAUGGACAAAUUACAUGGAUUUGUUGGACUUGAGGAAUGCACUGAGUAUGGUCUGGAUAAAAGCACUAAACGAUCGAAAAAGAAAAAUCAAGACAAUAGCGCUAAACAAAAAGAAACAAAGCCUAAAGAUGCAAAGAAACGUAAAAAUAAAGAAAGCAAAGAUCCGCAAGAAUCAGUUGCAUGUCCAAAGAAAAAAGUGAAGUUAAGUAAUGGCUUUAUUGUAGAAACAUGUGAAAAAGAAGCACCGUCUCCCACAAAUAAAAUUGAUAUUGACGGUAAAUUAAAACAAAUUAAGGAUUUUUCAAAAGGUAAUCAAACAAAAUUAAUUAAAAAUAAAAAGGAGAUUAACAAGAAUGAAGAAGCUGUAAUAACAGUGAAGAAGCAAAGUUUAUGUAAAAAAACAAAAAAGAGGAAGUUAGGGGAAGAUAUAUCAGAAGUGGUAUCAAGUUUAACUCCUGAUGAUAUGCUGUCGUGGGCUGAGUUUAAACUGCCGCAGGAAAUAGUCAAGGCAUUAAUGGAGUUAGGGUUUAAGAGGCCUACUAAAAUACAGGAGCUAAGUUUGCCAGCUGCCGUUCAUGGUAGGAGAGAUAUUUUAGGAGCUGCUGAAACAGGAAGUGGUAAGACCCUAGCUUUCGGUCUUCCUAUUUUGACCGGUAUAAUGAAAUUAAAAGAAAAAGCUGAACUUAAAGGUUUAGAUGUUUAUGAUAUUCCUUAUAAAAAGACUUCGGCUAAAAAGAAAAGUAAAAGUGAAGUAGAAAAACUGAAUACAACCAAAAACAAAGGAAAAGGUAGAGGUAAAAAAGAAAAGGAAGUUAAAGAAUCUUCAGAAGAUGGUUACAGUUCUGGUGAUGACGAAAAUAAUGAAGCGUCAAAAAUUGGCGAGGUGCUAGGUGAAGCAACAAAUGAUGAUUUUAUAGAAGAAGUUGAAAUACCUGUUAGAAAACGAGAGGAAUCGGUUGAUGAAGGGAAUGAUAGUGAUGAAGAUGAUUAUAUACAUUUGUCAGACAUGUUGGAUUCUGAUGAUCUGAAAUCUAGUGAUGAAGAAGAUGAUGCUAGUGUUAAAGAUGAUAACAAUCUUGAUAAAGGAAAUGAAAACGAUGAAGAUGGUGAUGUUAGUGGAAAUGAGAUUGAAAUGGAUGGUGUUGAUGAAGUUGAUGCAAAUGCACAAAGUAUAGGAUGUGUUAAAGUAAUAGAUGACGUAGAGUUACCAGGGAAUGUUUUGUACAAGACUGGGAAGCCUCUGUAUGCACUGAUAUUGACUCCAACAAGAGAGCUUGCGAUACAGAUUAGCAGGCAUUUGAUAGCAGCAGCUAAAUACACAGGAAUAAGGGUAGCAACCAUCGUGGGUGGUAUGGCAGAGGUGAAACAGGAGAGGGUGCUCCGCUCGGGGCCGGAAAUCGUCGUGGCCACUCCGGGACGACUGUGGGAACUGCUCAACCAGGGACAGCCGCAUCUACAGCAACUGACAGCUGUCAAAUUUCUAGCAAUAGAUGAAACGGACAGAAUGCUAGAGCGCGGACAUUUUGAGGAACUUGAGCCAUUAUUGGAGAGGCUCAACUGUGAAGAAUCACAUCGAAGUGCCAGGCAGAACUUUGUGUUUUCGGCAACACUUACUCUUGUUCACGAUCUACCCACUCAUAUGAAAGGGAAAAAGGUAACCAAGAGAGGUAAAAUAAUAAAUCGGAAAGUCAACAAAAUGACUUCGCAGCAAAAGAUCAAGAAGCUAAUAAAUAUGAUCGGGAUGACAGAUCCAAAAGUAGUGGACAUAACUACGGAGAAUUUGGGUACAGCCGACAGCUUGACCGAGUCUCGCAUAACCUGCUCGUUCGAGCAGAAAGACGCGUACCUGUAUUACAUAUUGAAGCGACAUCCCGGGAGGACAAUCGUGUUUUGUAACUCAAUCGGCAGUGUUAAAAGAUUGGCUCAGCUACUGGGACUGCUGAAGUGUGUGCCGUUGCCAUUGCACGCCAGCAUGCCGCAACGACAAAGACUGAAGAAUCUGGAAAGGUUCCGCGAUGAUCCAAGGGGCGUUUUGGUGGCCACCGACGUCGCAGCGAGAGGACUUGACAUUCCAGACGUAGACCACGUGAUACAUUAUCAAGUACCCAGAACUGCUGAGAAUUACGUGCACCGGAGCGGUAGAACUGCGCGCGCCUGCAAGGAAGGUCUCACCAUUCUGAUGAUGGAACCAGCCGAGGCAUAUUCAUAUGCCAAAAUAUGUAGAACCUUGAACAAGACAUCGGAGCUGGCGACAUUCCCCGUGUCGUCGCAUAGCCUGGCGUCCAUCAAGGAGCUGGUGAACCUGGCCCGCGAAAUGGAUGGUUUGAUGCUAAAGAAGCGACGCGCGACCCACGCGCAGGGCUGGCGGGACCGCGUCGCCAAGGAAAUGGAUAUGAUCGUGGACGACGACGAUGUUCCUUCCGCCCACAUGGACCCUGCAAUAGACAAAGCCCUCAAGGUCAAGAAGAAGAGGUUGGACUUCAUGCUGUCAAGGCCGCUGUUCCCCAAGGGAUUCUCCUUCAAGUACCCCACACUCAACGACCCGGACGCUUUGGUGAUGCCCGAGGAAAAUGCUUUGCAGGUAAUGAAAAAGUCUCUGGAGACUGGCGAGCUGAAGAGAGACAAGAGGAAAGGCAAAAACGACGCGUUACUGAAGUUAGAAAAGAGAUUUAAGAAACUUUAAGAAGUAAAUAAACGCGCCGUUUGAAAUAAU